AUGGAGGGCUGCCCGCCAAAACCAGACCCCGAGGAGAUAAAAUGGAAGAUGUGCAAUGGUGUGAUCACCUCCGUAUGAAAGUUCCACAAAGUGGCCCUGCUGUGAGUCACUCCUUUUAUCUCAAAAACACUGGACAGCAUAUAA